AGUUAACUUUGUCAGAAUUAUCCCGAGUGUUCGCAGACUUUAACUUUUUUGAUUAAACUAAUAUUUUGUCUCUAGAUCAGUGUUACAAGAAGGGACUUUAAAAGUAAUGUUUUGAAAACACUAAAUUAUUACACAAUGCCAGAAUUAUUUGUUAGGGGACCUAUUUUGACGAUUCUUUUUAUUCAAGGAUCUUGUCUCCUAUUUCCACAAAAAAACGUAAACAUCACAUUACCCAUCUUCUAUCCUUCUGAUGUUUCGUUCUACCAACUAAUCGGUAUACCUACAGAUUCUAUUAGCUCCUCUAGUGGAGGUACAGUAAACUAUCAAAUCACGAACGUGACUUUGCAAGAAAAAGACGGAUCUCAACAUGAAAGAAACGACUUAUUUGCAAUCAACUCUUCAACAGGCCACCUAUCACUUGUGAAGCCUCUGGAGCCAAAAACAGACUACCUAGGAGCAAACUUUACAAUAAGACUUCAGGCGACUGAAGGAAAUAUAUCUAGCAGCACUUCCUGCGUGUUGAAUGGAAAUAUAUCCGAUGCCAAUGAUCUGUGUCGGCCGAGUUUUCAGUUUUGUUUUUUGAACUCCUACGCGGAGUAUGACGUCCCUGAAUCUCUGGAACCUAACAUUGUCUUCGAUCAUUUGCGUCCUCAAACUGUGGCUAAUAGGUGUCCCUCCUUUAAAGCACAGUAUGUUGUAAUUAAAGGAAACACAGUUUUAUCCAUAGACCAGAGGAGUGGAUCACUUUCACUUCGUUCCCAUUUGGAUGCUGAUCAGAAUGAAGCAAUUCAUACGUUCAAGAUUCAAUGCUCAGUUAGAAACGAGAGUUUCUAUCUGGAGGGGAAAAUGAACGUCUUCGAUGUGAAUGACAACGCCCCCUAUAAGCCCCAAAAUGUUGAUUCCGUGAUUAACGUAGAUGUCAAUAAAAUUGAGAAGGAGGGUUCAUACAUUGAUUACCAGUUCAAUGUCUUCGAUAAGGACUCUGCUACCGUCAAUAAUGUUGAAGCCCGCAUAGAAAACGAUUCUUUAGGAUUCUUUAACGUUGUAAUUACGGAGGUGUACGACAGAGCUGUGAAAGAAGAAACAUUUACAGUUAUAAUGGUGAAGACAGUCAAACCUUUAGCUUUAUUGGAACCAGAUUAUAAUUUCUCUGUAAUUAUAGAAGACAAAAGUGUAUUGAAGGGGAAGAAUCACAAAGUACUGCAGCCAGUACCAGUCCAAAUCUCUGAACAGUGGUCAUUUGAACUGACAUCUGAAGAGGAAAUAUUCAAGGUGACACCGAAUACCGGGAUUGUCUACAUAGCAAACACUGAACGAUUACAAACGAUCGAAGGAGAAAUGCGUCUAAACUUAUCUUGGAAUGUUAAAACGGAAAAAGAGAGAAUCACUGUAGAGAUCAUAGUUAAUGUUACUGACAAAGAUCAAAGCCCUCAGCUCGAAGACUGUGAUUAUUGUGCGAAAUAUGGUGUUCAAACCAUUUGUCUUGCUUCCUGUGGAAUGGGAACUGCUAGAGGUCGUUGCUCUUGGCGGGAAAAUAACUAUAAAACCUCUCCCACCACCAAAUAUGCCACUUGCAGUUCAGACAUUACGACUUGUCCUGACGGCGUGUGUGACGAACUGGAAAAAACAUAUGGCCAUAUUUGUCCCCAGGACUGCUGUGAAAACUUCGAAGGUUCGGUUAUCUUUCCAAACAACGUCAGUGGUAAAAGUCAUGGAAUCAAAAUGGCAGUUGGGACUUGUACUUGCUCCACUAUCAAUACGUGCAAGUGUGUGGAACCGAUACAUAUCGACGGCAGUCAGGUUUUCGACUCAAACAAUAGCUACUCACUACAAUAUGGUGAUUCAAAAGGAAGAAAGAACCCAGAAAUUUUGUCGAAAGAGACAGAGGAUACAAAUACUGGUUUCUCCAGUACCGCAGCUUGUGGGGAAGGAUGUGUUGCCCUGAUCUUCUUGGCUCUCGGUAGCGCUUUUGUUGCGUGCAUUCUCUUCAUUCUAAUUUCCCGUAUAAAGAAAUACAGGAAGAAUAAAACGAAAAACAAAUAUGUCGGAAACUGUAUGUCCCUCUCCGUGAUGACUUCUGAACAUAUAAAUGGUCGACCUUCCCCAGUGCAAGACCCGCAGCAAUCUACAAACGAAACAUCUGCUGGGUGUAGUAGCAAGACUUUAAGAGAUACUCGAUGGGAAUUUCCACGAGAUAAGUUGAUUAUGGAAGAGAAGCUAGGAGAAGGAGAGUUUGGGAGGGUGAUGCGAGCACAAGCCUGGGGAAUAAAUGGUCAUAAAGGAUACAGUACAGUUGCAGUGAAGAUGUCAAAAGGUAAUGGAGGUUUAUCAGAACAGCAGGACCUUUACUCAGAAUUUAAUAUGUUAAAAGAAGUGUCUCAUCCCAACGUAAUUAAACUACUUGGAGCAUGCACUCAGAAAGGCGGCCCUUUUUACAUCAUAGUGGAAUAUGCUGAGCUUGGUUCUCUUCGUUCUUUUCUGCGCAAAAGUCGAUCAUUAGGAUUUGAAUUCAGUGACUCCAGUAUGGUACAAGUAGAAAAUCCCAUGUACUUAUCCGACAGUGGUGACCUCUGCCGUCGUAAUGAUACCCGGUUAACAAAACGCGAUCUUAUAUCGUUUGCUUGGCAGAUUACGAAAGGAAUGGCCUAUUUGAGCGACAUGAAGUUAAUUCACAGAGAUUUAGCGACCAGAAAUAUCCUUCUGGCAGCAGGGAAUGUUAUCAAGAUUUCCGACUUCGGACUUAGUCGUGACGUAUACGAAGGCGACACAUAUCUAAAGAAGACUAAGGGACGGGUUCCGGUUAAAUGGAUGGCUAUAGAAUCGCUAGAAGACCACGUUUAUACUUCGAAAAGUGAUGUCUGGUCAUUUGGAGUGGUUCUUUGGGAAAUCGUUACCUUAGGAGCAAGUCCUUACCCAGGUGUAGAACUAGAACGGUUGUACAACCUUCUUAAGUCUGGUUACAGAAUGGAAAAACCAAAAACCUGUUCAGAUCAACUGUAUCACAUCAUGAUAAUGUGUUGGAGAGAGAAUCCAUACAAUCGACCAUCUUUCAAGGACCUUGUUCACAGAUUCGACAUUAUGUUACAAGAAACUGCGGAAUACUUGGACCUCAGUCCUAUACAGAAUAAUGAUGCUCACAUUUGGACAGGUGAUGAAAACUUGCUAAUUGAGGUGGAAUCUGGUGCAGAGAAAUCAGAAGAACUGGUUUGUCCAACUCCAAGCCAAGAUUCCGACUGUAUACAACUCAUCUCUGAAAAUCUCAAGGAAACUAUUCCUGCAGAUAUUGUUUCUGAUGCAACAGUAUAAACAUAUAGUUUCAUUGUUGUCAGGUUAUUAUACUGGUAUCCAUAGCGAAUAAAGGUGAACGAGAAUGUUUGAUUUUCAGUUGAGAGAAGAAUCAUAAUUUCAUGGAAAGAAACAAUAUGUUGAUAUCUGUUGUGAUGGUGAGUUUAUUAGACUGGAAGCUAAAUGUAAUAGGUAAUAAUUUUCUUAUUUUAAAUUGAUUAUGGGAAAACCCGCUAUACGGUCAGAGAGCCUUAUGGGAUAUCGCAUAAACUCUAGAAUCACCUUGAGAAGUAAAACUAGUUUUUCUCGCUAUGUAUUUGGACAACGUUUAAGCUUCGUUGAAACUCAUGUUUAUCUAUUGGUUUCAUAAAGCUUUUGUUAAUGUGUGUGUGUGUGAAGAUGUAUUAAUACAGUAAGAUCAUCACAAAAAUUAAGAACUCUGAUCACCCAAUCAGAUUCAUUAUGGGAAAACAUGUAAAUUGAAUCAGUUGGUUAGAAAAAUAAAUUUUUGGUUAACAGAGAUUCAUGAUGCUUACAAAAUCUAGAAAAAAAAUAGGGCAAAUGAAUAAAUAAAUUACAUUUCAAGAAAUUCAAUAACCAAAGGUCUUUCGAAAGGUAGGCCUUUCUUUAUCAGGGAUUUGUUGUUGUAGUUAGAAAAAAAGUUUAGACACAUUAGAACGCAAAAUAACUUUACGUUUAAAAAAUAUUACUUUAAACGUGUGAUAGCGUGCACAGUAGAGCCAAGCAUGUGCAUACUUAUAGAAAUAAUAAAGAUUUAAGUUCUUAAACCAAAGAAAAUGAAACUGGAUUAAGAAAAACAUAACGUAAGACUAUUUUUGUCCACUGUUAGAUCCCUGUAUUUAUUGGUUAAAAACAGAAGAAAUGUUCGUGAUAUCUGUAUUGUUACAAAACAAUGGCCAGAAAUCACGUCGUUAUAACCACACCGAGAUAGAUCUAUUGAUGCAUACAAAAUUAUUUAUUCGGUCUUUUCUUUACUUAAGUUCGUAACAGUUACUAGGUUUUAGUGUUUCGUCACAAAUCAGAGAAGAAUUUGUUCAACAACGUGUGAAAUGAAUCAAGGGGAUAUCUCUUCAUUAAAAUCAAUAUAUUCUGUUUUACUUUUCUUCCUUUAACUUUCACAAAUAAAAGAAAGUUUUCAAAUUCCGAUCUAUUGAAAGUUGAACUCCUAUUUCCGCUUUUUUAUGCAUUUAUUAUGUGUAGUAUAGUUAUGUCCGGCUUAUAACGUCGGUAGAUCGCUUAAAGUAGAUUUGAUAUCUUUAUACAUAUAAUAAAGGUUAUCUUCAAAAAGUUAAAACAUCAUUUGUAUAUCUCGCAAUGCUUUUGUGCUUAUUAAACCAAUCAUUCAUUUGACAGUAAUUAAAAGAAGAUUAAUGAUUAAUAAUUGUUUAAAUAAAUACCUAUAUUUAAUGUUGGCGUUCUUAAUGGUGUUUAUUUAUAAAACCUUUGUUAUUAUCCUUGUAUAUAUAUGACAAACGAACGUUGUACAGGUGAUUGAAAGCUAUGUUUGUAUAUAUAGUGAA